AAAAGUGUAGACUUCAUGAAGUUCUUGGGUUCACAGAGGAUUAAAUCGAGGAAAUCAAAGGCGUCGGUGAUUCGAAAUUCAGCCUUCGAUGGAGUGUUGCCUAUAUCAUUGAGAACCCAACUCUUAGACAUGAUUCCAAGCUUAGGGAACCUUUGGCCAAAUAACUUGGAUGUUACAAACAAUGAGAAGAAGGUAAAGAUCAGAGGGUCAGUAGUGUUGAUGAAAAAGACUCUUUUGGACUUAAAAGACUUCCCCGCAGCGGUAAUUGACCGAGUCGCUGAGUUCUUUGGCAAAGGCAUCUCAUUCCAGCUAAUUGGUUCUGUUAAUGGACAUCCGGAUCAUGACAUGCAAGGGAGGGUUGGAGCACCAGCAUUCUUGGAAAAUUGGAUAACAAAAGUCACCAAGCCUGUAGCAGCAGGUUCAUGUACAUUUCAAAUUACAUUUGAUUGGGAUGAAAGUAUUGGAAUUCCUGGAGCUUUCAUCGUUAAGAAUUUACACCACAAUGAGUUCUUCCUCAAGACUCUCACACUUGAAGAUGUUCCGGGAAAGGGCCGCAUUCACUUUUUCUGCAACUCAUGGGUUUACCCUGCUGAACGAUACAAGUCCGACCGGAUUUUCUUUGCUAACCAGGCCUAUCUACCAAGUAAUACUCCAGAGCCUCUACGCAAGUACAGGGAAGAAGAGCUUGUGAAUCUGAGAGGAGAUGGCACCGGAGAGCUAAAGGAAUGGGACAGAGUGUAUGAUUAUGCAUGCUACAAUGAUCUAGGGGACCCUGACAAUGGUCCCAAGCAUGAAAGACCUGUUCUUGGAGGGUCCAAAGAAUAUGCUUACCCUCGCCGGGGAAGAACUGGCCGAAGACCCACAAAGACAGAUCUUAAAACAGAAAGCAGAUUGCCGCUUGUAAGUCUGGAGUCUCUGAACAUCUAUGUUCCAAGGGAUGAACGGUUUAGCCACUUGAAGAUGGCAGAUUUUCUUGCUUACUCUCUUAAAUCUAUUGCCCAGCUCUUGCUCCCAGUGAUGAAUUAUUUUUUUGUCCGAAUCCAAAAUAAAUUCCAUAGAUUGCAAGAUAUGCUGGCCAUGUAUGAGGGAGGGAUUAAAAUCACCAAUGAUCCAACAGUGGACAAAGUUAAGGAUGCAAUUCCUCUAGAGAUGCUAAAAGAACUUACCCGUUCAGACGGAGAGCAGCUCCUCAAAUUCCCUAUUCCUCAAGUGAUCAGAAAGAACAAGUCGGCAUGGAGGACAGAUGAAGAAUUUGCAAGAGAAAUGCUCGCUGGAGUGAACCCAGUUUCCAUCCACCGACUCCAAGAGUUUCCCCCAACCAGCAUGCUCGAUCCCAAUGUAUAUGGCAACCACUCCAGUUCAAUAACCAAGGAACACAUUGAGAAGAACCUAAAUGGGCUAACAGUAGAUGAGGCCAUCAAAAGCAACAAGCUAUUCAUAUCGGAUUAUUAUGAUGCCUUGAUGCCAUUCUUGAGGCGUAUAAACACUACUACCACAAAGACCUACGCUGCCAGAACAAUUCUCUUCUUGAAAGAUGAUGGGACCUUAAAGCCAGUAGCAAUCGAGUUAUGUUUACCUCACCCAGAUGGAGACCAGCAUGGAGCAGUUAGUAAGGUAUUCACUCCGGCUGAAGAUGGAGUUGAAGGCUCUGUUUGGCAGUUGGCCAAAGCAUAUGCUGCUGUGAAUGACUCUGGCUUUCACCAGCUCGCCACUCACUGGUUGAAAACCCAUGCAGUGAUUGAGCCUUUUGUUAUUGCGACGAAUAGACAACUCAGUGUGCUUCAUCCAAUCCAUCAGCUUUUGUAUCCUCACUUUCGGGAUACUAUGAAUAUAAAUGCCAUUGCACGGCAGACCCUUAUCAAUUCCUGUGGGAUUUUUGAGAGUACUGUCUUUCCGGGGAAAUUUGCCUUGGAACUGUCCUCUGCAGUUUAUAAGACCUGGGUUUUUCCUGAACAGGCAUUGCCAAUAGAUCUCAUCAAGAGAGGAAUGGCGAUUCCAGACUCAAGCAGCCACCAUGGCCUCCGACUUGUUAUUGAGGACUACCCAUAUGCUGUUGAUGGGCUUGAAAUCUGGUCAGCAAUUGAAACAUGGGUUCACGAGUACUGCUCUUUCUACUAUCCAAAAGAUGAGAUGAUCCAGGGUGAUUCUGAACUUCAGUCCUGGUGGUCAGAGCUUCGCAAUGAGGGUCAUGGUGACUUGAAGGAUGAGUCAUGGUGGCCUAAAAUGCAGGCACUUUCUGAUCUAAGACAAACAUGCACCAUUAUCAUAUGGAUUGCCUCAGCCUUCCAUGCAGCUGUCAAUUUUGGACAAUACCCUUAUGCAGGCUACCUCCCAAACCGCCCAACAAUGAGCCGUCGCUUCAUGCCUGAGCCAGGCACUUCCGAAUAUGCUGAGCUCGAGUCAGACCCUGAUACAGCCUUCAUGAAAACAAUUACAGGCCAGCUACAGACCCUCCUUGGUGUGUCCCUAAUAGAGAUUUUGUCUAGGCAUUCAUCUGAUGAGGUUUAUCUCGGACAGAGAGACACUCCUGAGUGGACAUCAGAUGCAGAACCAUUGGAAGCAUUCCAGAGAUUUAGAAAUAAGCUAUUGGAGAUUGAAAAGAGAAUUAUGAACAUGAACGAAGACCCAAGCUGGAGAAACAGAGUAGGUCCAGUAAAUAUGCCAUACACUCUGCUCUAUCCAGACACUUCCAAUACCACAGGCAUUGGUGGGCUCACGGGCAAGGGAAUUCCCAAUAGUGUUUCAAUAUAAAGAGUGAAUCUAAGAGAUCUCUCACUGCAGAAGGCAACAUUUUCAGUGGAGAUAAAGAGGAGCCCUGCAAUAGGACCAGUUGUUGUUGACAAAUAACAUUGGGAAGCAUUUAAUAGCUUCUCUUCUUC